AUGUUCCCUGUGCCCUCCGAGUUCGCUCCUUCCCUGCAAUAUUUGAGCAAAUGUGCCACUGCUUCAGCAGCCAAAGAGAACGACCCAGAAUAUCAAACGCUGAUCGCUUCUUAUGGCACGCCUGAGGCAGUAGACUCGCUCGUCCGACUCCAAGUUCAUCCGCUGACCAAAGAUGAAGCUUUAUCUGGCAACAACGAAGAUGCGACCGAAAGCGAUCUCCCCAUCAUUGAAGCAGCGUCGCCGCAGCCUGUUGGCACCCAGUCUGAAGAUCAAACAGUCUACGAUGCCGACGUCGCUCCAGCAGUUUCAAAACUCCAACAGACAAUUCUGCGCUUCCACUCUACCGAAAUCGAAGUGGGAUUGGCCGAGGAACGAAUAUUAGAAGCUCGCAUCAACCUCGCCAAGCAAGAGAUGAAGGGAAUGGUGGCCAAGCGAAGCUUGUUAGUUAUUCGAAAUGACAUCGCUCAGCAAGUCCGCGACGGGCGCCAGAAAUUGAAGGACAUAGAAGAGGCAGAAGUGCGCGCCAAAACGACCAAGAGACAGUACCUUGAGUUGCAAGGCGUCAAGCAACUCAUAUUGGAGAAAGCUGGCGGGGAGAAUGCGGAUCCAGCCAGACUUCAGCAAUUCCUCCUUGUCGGUGAGGUGUUUGCCCGGGCCGCUAGAGUGUCCAAAGAAACAGACCAUUCCGAGGCGAAUAGAGAAGGAGGUGUGGACGUGGCGGCAAUGGUGGAUGAGGAUGAAGAAUCGUGCCAACACCUGUCGUCCACAAUCUCUGAAGGCGCAGAGGGGGAGGACGGCUUGGCCGAAGUAGCUUUGAGCAAAGACAGAACCGCGACUGAAAACUAUGGACCUAGCGCUGAAGCAGGGCCAUCCAGCCUGACACCACUAAUUGCCGGUUGGGAUAUCGUGAACUGUGCGUACAUUAUUCAUCGUCGAGUAUAUUGUUGA